AUGAAGUACUCUGUUGCAUCCAUUGCAUACCUGGUCUCAAUCGGGCAGACCCUUUCGCUACCCCCUUUGAUACCUUCAAUUCCAGGGGUAACGGAGCCUCUGACUACCAAUGCUCCCCCUCUGCCCAUCCUGCAGGUCCCUACCCCGCCUCUGGAGAGCCCACCCUUCACUCCCAGCGAUAUCAAGCCCAAGAAGAUUGGUUACUUCUGGACUGGAGCUGGUGACAAGUUCCACAAGGACUUCCUGGCUACUUACAGUCUUGACGAUGACACCUUCGGCACGCUUCUCUGGGUGACCGAUGUUCCAUCCAGUGGUAACGAUCCCCACCAUCUGGGACCUUCGCUUGAUGGCAAGACCUUGUUUGGUGGUGGUCUCCUUUCCCUCCUGAAGACUCAGGACACGGGUUUCUACUUCGACACCUCCAACCCCUACCGCCCCAAGUUCUUGAAGAGCAACCGAGCUGUUCUGGGAUCCAUUGCCGAUGAAGUCCGUGCCAAGCCCGACGGCGGAUUCUUCAUCACCUACAUGGGAUCCGCAGUUGGAACCAGUCCCGGCCGUCUCAUUGAGACUGACGCCGAAUUCAACAUCAUUCACGAAUAUCCUGAAGAUGUUGAAGGAACCCUCAAUAUCCUUGGAGAACAGUUCUCUCCCCACGGUCUCAGCAUCGACUGGGAGAAGAAGCUCAUCCUCACUUCUGACUUCGUUGAGCCGAUCACUAUUCUGAAGCCUUCCCUUGGGGUUCGCCACGCCAACACUCUCCGUCUUUGGGACCUGGACACCAAGAAGAUUCUCAGCACCCUGACUAUCCCUGACGGAGGUGGUAUUCAGGAUGUCAAGUUCAUCCCCGGUAACAAGGAGUCUGCCGCUCUCGCUACUGCUGUGCACCUGGGACAGGUCUGGAUUAUCUACCCUCUCCGUAAGGACAAGAACGGUAACCAGGGUGUCAUUGAGCUGCUGUAUGACCUUGGUCCCAAGGCCCGUGACACAAUCGCUAUCUACACCGACAUCACCCAGGAUGGCAAAUACAUCUACCUCACCCUAACAACGGGGAAUCAUAUCGCAGCCUUGGAUAUCAGUGAUUUGGACAAUGUCCGCCGUCUCGACGAUCCUGACGAGGAUCAACCUACUGUCGGCCCCCACUACAUUAAGGUUACUCCUGACCAGAAGCACUUGGUUGUCACCGACUACUUCGUACAGACUGGAGAAAUCGGUAUCAUCAACACCCCGGCUGACUUCAAGGCUCUGUACAUCGAUCUCAACGAGGACGGUAGCCUUAACUUCAACCGUUCCAUCGACUUCCCCAAGGAGUUCGCCAGCCGUGGUGGUGCUAAGCCCCACUCCAGUGUUGUCUUUGACCUCACUGACCCUGAGGACCCCAAAUACUACUAG